AUGCCCUCAAUAGGACCAACAUUACCGCCACACCUUGCCAAACGCAGCCGCGAUGAGGCUGACGACGACCGCGAAUCCAGUCCACAGUCGACCGACAAGCGCCAAAGGGUCGCCGGCCCAGCAGCUCCACCACCACAAAGUCGUUCGCGAUCAAGCAGCGUAGACAGUGAUAUUGGCCCGGCACCUCCGCCCAGUUCGAAACCAGCCCGAGUCAUAGGGCCUGCCGCGCCUCCUGCGCCUCUUGAGGAGCGACCUCAGGACCCUCCCAGUGACGAUGACUCGGACAGUAGCGAUGAUGACUUUGGGCCAGCGCCACCACCACCAGGAGGUGCUCAAUCAGGCUUCGAUAUCGCCUCAGCAAAGUCUGCUUUUGACACAGAGCCCCAAUUUGCCGAGGCUCCCAAGGCGGCACAGCGCGACGAGUGGAUGACUCUACCGCCUACCCAGGACGAUCUUGCUGCCCGUAUGGACCCUACAAAGAUGCGCGCUCGCAAGUUCAACACAGGCAAGAGCGCGGGCAGUACGGGAGGAAUGAGCAGCGCCUGGACAGAGACUCCAGAGCAGAAGCUCAAGCGGUUGCAGGACGAGGCUCUGGGCAUCACCGCGCCUACUAACGCGGCUCCUGCUACGUCGGAGUCGAAGCGCAGCAAAGAGGAAGAGCGCCGUGCACGCAAGAUGCGUGAGAAGAUUGAUGCAAGUAGAGGAAAGAGUCUUGUCGAGCAACAUCAGGAAAAGGGCACCGGAAAAGAAGAAGAAGACGAUCCCAGCAAGCGUGCAUUCGACUACAAAAAGGACAUGGCUGUCGGUGGCAUGACGACCCACAAACAACGGAGGGAAAUGUUAAACAAGUCCAAAGGAUUCAGUGACCGCUUCUCAAGUGGUAGCUAUUUGUAG